AUGUCGUCCUGUCCUGCACCAGCGUCGCUUCUACGGCCAAUGGAAAUUCCUCCACGACAACUGUUCGGACCUGGUCCAUCGAAUAUGCGUGAUGUGAUCGCUGAAUCGCAGUCAAAAUCUCUUCUGGGACAUCUGCAUCCGGAAUUUAUCAAGGUGAUGUCCGAUUCCCGAGAGGGCUUGCAGUACCUUUUCAAAACGAGGAAUAACUACACCUUUGCUGUCAGCGGAACUGGUCAUGCCGGAAUGGAGUGUGCUCUCGUGAAUUUGCUGGAGAGAGGCGACGUGUUUCUAGUCGUGGCCUCCAUAGGAGGAGCGGAAUUCCGAAUGGAUGAGUGGGGUGUGGACUGUGUCUAUGCGGCUACUCAAAAGGUGCUCAAUGCACCACCAGGAUUGGCUCCGAUCUCGUUCAGCGAUAAAGCGAUACAGAAGAUUAAAAAUCGCAAGGAAAGAGUGCCAUCGUUUUACUUUGAUGCAUUGGAACUGGGAAAUUAUUGGGGAUGUGACGGCCAACCAAUCAGGUAUCAUCACACCGCUCCAAUUUCAAGCGUUUAUGCUCUGCGAAGCGCUUUGGCCGUAAUAGCCAAAGAAGGCGUGGACGAGAGUGUGCGCAGGCACGAGGAGAAUGCGCGUUUUCUCUAUGAAAAACUAAAGGAAUACGGCUUGGAAUGUUUCGUUGAGAAAGAGAAAUGGCGAUUACCGUGCCUGACCACAGUUAAAAUACCAGAUGGUGUGGACUGGAAGGGAGUAAUGGAGGAGAUGAUGAAGCAAGGAACUGAGAUUGCUGGUGGUUUGGGACCCACUGUAGGUAAAUUGUGGCGGAUAGGAACAUUCGGUGGAAACUCGGACAAGGAAAAGAUAGGAAACGUCAUAAAACUACUCGCCGAUACUAUCAAAAAGAAGUCGAGUAUAUGA